CCAGUGUCCACCACCCUAUGGCCCCCCUUCAAGAGGGCACGGAGUUGCACGGUCUAGUGCGUGCAUCAUAAAGCUCGUCUGCUCUGCCAGCCAUGCCCUCACAUUCUUUAGCUUUCGCAAAGCCCAAAGUCCAGAGUCUGCUUUUCCUGACUGGUUCCUUAUGGAAAGGGUGGGGGGGCCGAAUCUCUUCACAACCUCAGAGGAGGGGGAUUCGGAGCUGCCUCUCACCGCUUUGUGCUUUUACUACCCAUGUACAGGACAGAAUGGCGAAGAGGAUCCAUGCCCGGAGACUGGAGGGAGUGGACGAAAACAUCUGGGUGGAGUUCGUCAGCCUCGCUAACCAGUAUAAAACUGUGAAUCUGGGGCAAGGCUUCCCCGAUUUUUCUCCUCCAAGUUACUUGAGAGAAGCGUUUUCCAAAGCCGUUACCGAUGAGCACACCUUACUGAACCAGUAUACCAGAGCCUUUGGACACCCUCCUCUGGUAAAGGCCCUCGCCCAGUUGUUUGGACCACUUUUUGGACAAGAGCUAAAUCCUUUAACUAACAUCAUGGUGUCAGUGGGCGCAUACGGUGCUCUUUUUUCUACCUUCCAAGCUCUGGUGGACAAAGGAGAUGAGGUCAUUAUCAUUGAACCCUUCUUCGACAGCUAUGAACCAAUGACAUUAAUGGCCGGCGGACAAUGUGUAUUUGUUUCCCUGAGACCUAAGCCUGCAGAUGGUGGGAAACCACUGAACAGCGGUGACUGGCGUUUGGACCUUGCUGAGCUGGAAGCGAAGAUCAAUAAAAAUACUAAAAUGCUGGUGUUAAACACCCCAAAUAAUCCACUGGGCAAAGUAUUUAAUAAAGAGGAAUUGGAAGAAAUUGCUAAUAUUUGCGUGAAAUAUGACCUACUGUGCGUCUCCGAUGAAGUGUAUGAAUGGCUGGUGUAUGACGGGAAUCAACAUGUACGGAUUGCUAGCCUUCCAGGAAUGUGGGAGAGGACCGUAACCAUUGGAAGUGCCGGGAAGACAUUUAGCGCCACUGGAUGGAAGGUUGGUUGGGCCUUGGGGCCGGAUUGUCUUCUUAAACACCUGAGGACUGUGCAUCAGAAUUCUGUCUAUCACUGUGCAACCGGCGCCCAGGAAGCAGUGGCCCAAGGAUUUCAGAAGGAACUGGAGAGGCUAGGAAAGCCCGAGUGUUACUUUGUACAGUUGCGGGACGAGCUGCAGAAGAAGCGGGACCGGCUUUACGGCUGCCUUACAGAGGUGGGGAUGAAACCCGUGAUGUCCCAAGGCUCUUACUUUAUGAUCGCUGACAUCUCUGUCUUCAAAUCUGAGGUUCCCCCUCCCACAGAUCAAAACGUACCUUACGAUCACUACUUUACAAAAUGGAUGAUGAAACAUAAACAAUUGGCCGCUAUCCCGAUGUCUGCCUUUUACAGCGGCCCACAUAAGAAGCAGUUUGAGAACUACCUGAGGUUUUGCUUCGUAAAGGAGGAUGCUACACUGGAAGCUGCAGAAAAGAUUCUACAGAAGUGGAGCCGCGAGUCUUCUGGACGCCACUGACGAGUCCUGUAUGAAAUGAUAGUGACGCUGACAUGCACAUAAAAAUUACACUACUAGAAUGUU